GUAAGGGCGGACCACACAGUACUGCUCCUCUCGCGCGCCGGCUCGAUUCGAAGCCGCGACCCGGCUUCGAGGGUGACUCGCGUAAAAGAAAAAAAAAAAAAAAAGUACGCGUCGAGAUCUUCGACUGACAAGUUUCCGUCGCGAAGUGUUGUUGCUUCUCAUCAACUUUUCCCCGACGUCCUUCCCGACGAGCGAUGGCUCGCGUUCGCCGACGCGUACACGUCAAUCGGAGAUCCGCCAAGAUUCUAUUCACCUGCGUCCGACACUUGGUAUAGAGAUCAGUUAUAUCGUGUCUAUCGAAGGCGUUAAAUUUUGAAAAGCACGCGGAUACAAAUAUUUCAAGAGGCAUGCUCGCUGCACGUCAGUUCGACUACUUCGCGGAAGAGCAUUCGUACGAAAGGAAAACAAGAUUUUUCAAUAGUGCGGCACGGGACACUCCCUUGGAGUUUUAUCAGCAAUUUUUGCCCGCCACCAUGAAUCAAUUUAAAUCUCCCCGUAAUAGGGUAGAUUAUAACCGCUAUUUCAUGCAAAUGACAAAUAAGUCUCGGAAGCAAGAAGACCAACACUUUACGCCAAAAAGACUUAAUAAUGCAAAAAAAGCUCGAGCAUUUUCAAGUCCCAGCCCGGAGAAGUUCCUGAAGCACUUUUCCCCAAAGAAACUUUUACAACAGCAUCCAAGUGACAAUUUAUUAGGCCAUUCAAUUCUCGAUGAAACAGAUUCCCCGUUUCUAUAUCAAUCUCCAAGGCUAUACAAUCAAAACACUAUGAUUGUCGGUUCACUGGGCUCUACAGGUGGUGAUAGUCGACCAGGUUCUUCGGAUGACAGUCUAGCAAAUCGUUCGCCGGUUCGCCAGUUGGAUACCAGUUCACCAGACGAUUUCGGAUAUUUUCGAAUGUUUGAAGAUGCUAGUAUACCAGAUGUCUCCGGUCUGAAUUUUUCGAGCGCCAAUCGAAGCGAGAAAUGCCAAACGAAUUGCGAGCCGUUCGAAGACCUCAACAUGAAUUUUCUCAAGAUCGAUUUGCUGGACGUGAACGACAACUAUUCUGCACGACAAUCGCUCGAGCAGCUAAUCUGUAACUCGAAUGCCCAGAAAAAUAUGCCUAACGUACCGCUGAUACCAUUGAUAACGAAAGAGUUAGAAAUAACGAAAGAUAUGGGACAAGAGGUCUACUCCGAACAAAAAUCACCUGUUUCCGAGCAACGAACCCAUAGUCCGAAUAUGCAGAUUGAUGUACCGUUGAUACCAAAGGAACUUGAGAUUGCGAAUGAGACAGAGAAGGAUGAUUAUAUCGGAACUCUACGAUCACUUGUGUCCGAUGAAUGUAGUCCAAGUAUUCAGAAAGAUGUGCCUAGCGCACCGUUAAUGGCGAAGGAGCUAGAAAUAACACAGGAAAAAGAGAUAUCGGCAGAGGUAGAGAAGAAUCAAUCGCUUGACUGUUCAUCAAAAGAGACUUCGCCGUACCAUUGCAAUGAACAUCCAUACACUCAGCUGCUUUACUGUCAAACCUGCUGCAGGCCAAUUUGCAAAAACUGCACCUCUAAUUGCACCUGCAAACACAUGACGAUCGAUCUCGUAGAGUUCAUCGAGACCGCUCAGCGUCAAGCUGAAGAAGUACUGAUCGAAGCCUAUCUCGGGAUAGAUGUUCUCGCGGAUGACAUGGAAAAUAUGGGGUUGGACAUGGCAGCGUUAGAUCAGAGAACCAAGGAAGCACUCACUGACGUGAAGUUCUUCUCACGUAGAAUGUGGUCUGCUGUGGAAGAGAGAGAAAAGAAAUUAUUUAAACAAAUUGUGGAAGCGCGACGAUGGAAAUUCGAGGUUCUUCACGAAAGAUACAUGCAUCUGAAAGAGGAUAAAAUCCGAUUGUCACAGGCCAUAAGCGCUCUCAAAUACGCUAUCUACGAUGCACGAUUUCCCAAUCUCGUGUGUAACCCCGGCGAUCUCUUGAAGAAGAAAGACAUGGUGUUAGCUGAGAUUUGGCAGAUUCGUCAGAGUCGGAAGAUGAAGACCAGGUGCACCCGAGAUGAGAAUUGGAUAUCAUUCAAGAGUUCCGAUAGCAAUGUACUGGCCGUUAUCGCCAACGGCGGAAACGUUUUGGUGAACAGUCCAGGCACGAUCGGGGAUCGUCUACCGCCGAAUCGCGAUUACAAAUUAUCACAGUCAUAUUUUCCGUACGGAUUGAAUGAGCAAAUGAUGCAGCCGAUACCGCGCGGUCGUCCGAUAUCGAAUUACGAGCGCAACAUCGUUCUUCCGAAUAGGAAACCCGAAUUGCAGAUCAAGAGCACGGAUGUCCGGAUCAUCGGCCACUUUGGCGAGAACAACCCCGAGAAUCUCUGCCGUCCAUGGGGAUUAACCUGCGACAACGAGGGCAACAUCAUAAUCAGCGAUAGAUCCAAUAAUCGCAUACAGAUUUAUCGCGAUAACGGCACGCUCGUCAGGAAAUUUGGAAGCUACGGUAAUGGCCCUUGCCAAUUCAAUCGCCCGGCCGGAAUCGCCGUUGACUCCAGACGUCGUCUCAUCGUGGUCGACAAGGAUAACCAUCGCAUCCAGAUCUUAACGAUGGAAGGUGAGUUCUUGAGGUCUUUUGGCGAGCAUGGCGAGAAACAAGGCCAGUUUUGUUACCCGUGGGACGUGGCGGUAAAUACCGCUUGCGAAAUCGCGGUCACAGACACUAGGAAUCACCGCGUCCAAUUGUUCAGCGCCGAGGGUAUUCCGCUGCGUAUGUUUGGUGGCCAACCGCACUUGCUCAGGUAUCUGGACUCGCCGCGCGGCAUCUGCUUCAAUCAGGAGGGCAAGCUCAUCGUCACGGAUUUCAACAAUCAUCAUCUAUUAAUAAUUGAGCAUAAUAUGACGGAUAUGCGUAUACUCAAGUGCGAGAAAGAGUUAAAGGGCAAGAAGCAAGACGGCAGCGGGGAAAACGGUGACGGGCAAACCGAGGAAAACGCACCUGCGUUUCAGAGGCCACAGGGCGUAAUAGUGGCCGACGAUGGCAGUAUCCUCGUCGCGGACUCCCGCCAUAAUUCGAUCAAGGCGUUUAAUUCGGUCGGAUCGUUAAUCUAUUCGUAUAAGCCGGGUCAAGAAGAAAUGGAUCGUCCACUCGGUAUAGCCCUCCACUGGGAUGGUAGAAUGGCGUUCACGGAUUACGGACGUAAUUACGUGCGCUUGGUAAGGCUGGAACAUCAUGUGGACCCGGUGUCGAGGAAUGCUAUUAUGUUCGGUUGAUAUCCUAGAAUACCGGAUGCGUUACCCUGGCGAAUCAAUGAAGAUGCAGACAAGAAGGACGAGGUUCUUGCAUCAAACGUGCGAACGGCAUCAAGUGCCGCAACUUUUACAAUUGCAACGCGUGGCGAGAUUUUUAAUUAUCCAUUUUCUGCCACCAGUAAAUUGCGUUAGAAAAUAUAACGUUUUGUUAAAAACGCGAGAAAUUAUAAGAAAGAUAUUUUCAGCAGUGAAAAUAACAAGUUGGUAAUAAUCGUGAGAGAUGAAAGUUAUGCGCGCAUGCACAACGCCAUUUUAUAAUUGUCGACAUAUAAGCAUAUAUAUGUUACACAUAUAUCUCCAAUCGAUUUCAAAAUUAAAAAUGUAUUAUAUAUUUAGUUUUCUCUUUUAUCUUCAGAUUUUUUCUAUUUAUUCAUCUAUCUAUUUAUUUAUUUUCUUAUAUUUCUUGUUUAUCCAAACUUUCUCCUAUGAAUCUAUCUGUUUAUCUUUUUCUAUCUCAUUUAUUUUCUUUCAUUUUUUAUUUAUUACGAAAUUGCUUUAUAUAUCGAACGUUCAGUUCCACUCUCGCGAAAAAGCAGUAAUUUACUAUUUUGGUGUAUCUGUCAAUACGGUGUUCGUCGAAAAUGUAACUUUCAUCUUUAAUCUCUAUUACUGAUUUAUUAUUUUCAUUGUUACUAAUUUUAUUUUAUGUUAUAAAAUAUCUUUAUUUUUUACAAUUGUCGUAUAUAUAUUUUAUAAUUUUAUUAUAUAAUGCGUUAUAUGUAUGUUAUAGUCGGAUAGACACAUCGAAUAAUGUAGUUUAGAUAUUUUUAGAUAUUUAUUUUCCAAUUUAAAAACAGACAAAUUUUGAAACAAAGCACAACAGCGGAGAAAGAGAACCGUGUAUGCGCUACACGUUUUGCAUAAUUGAUCGAACGAUCGAUCAGCAGUGCAUUGUCAGAAAAAUAUGACGAAGGAAAUUAACAAGGAAUUGGCAAAUUCACAUAAUGCCAGCAAUCUUAUUUUAUUAAUGCUUCUUAUUUAUUAGAAGGUUUGUUUAUUAGAAGAUUUCGGUCUUUUUUGAAUUGCAAUCGACUUGUUUCUUCUAUUUAUACACUUUUUAAUAAGAAACUAUUAGUCUUGUCUAAAAUUUAUACUAUUAAGAUAUGAAUUCAAUUCAUCUGCAAAGGAAAAAAAAACAAUUUUACUAUGAUUGUGCUAUUUUUUCCUGAAUGCAAAUCGUGUGUACGACGCCGAAGACGAUUCUGCUUAUCAAUUCGAUUUUGAAAAGAAGAAACAGGAAUUAGAAAAGAUCACAAUGGCUAUAUUUUUAAUUUUUGUUAUUUUCCUAAAUAUAUAUAUAUGAUAAAAUUAUAUGACAGUUAAAUUAUAUUUUGCAUUCCUUUUCAUUUAUCUUUCUGAUAUAAAUCCAAUCGCAAAGAUUUUUGCUAUUUUUUCAGUUUAGAGCAAAGUAAAAUAUUUUUUAUUUAAGUUGAAUUUUAAAAUACACAAUAAUUUUCAUUAUUUUUUCCAACAUUAUUCAUCAAUCUAGGAUUAAAUAAACGGGAAAAUAUCGGACAUAUACAUAUACACACAGAAAAUCACAGAUGACUUCAACUGCAAAACGGAGAAAUGUCGAUGAGAAAGUAUCAAACAAGAAAGUGACACAGAUGGGGGAGAUGUCCAAUUUUUUAUUCCCCGCAUUCAACGCGCGUUACGGUUCUCUUAAGCUCGAGGAGGCAACAUAUAUUAUCAAUAUAGAUUGGUAUCGUUAAGAAUUAGCGGGUAAGUUUAUUGUUAAGGAAUAAUAAUCUAAUAUAAUGUUAGACAUUAACGUGAAUUAAUCGUUAUCACCGUUGAGACGAUCAGUACAAAGUUGUGCAUGCGUGUGUAUGAGAGAGAUCGCGAUAGAAAUUGCUCGUUGAGAAAACGGCAGUGGAAUGUUGAUUGUUUUUCGACGUUGUUUGACAAGGUCCGAUUGAAAUUCUGCCGUUGAUUUGACGUAUAUUCGCAUAAUCUUUAACGCCGUUGUAUUAACAAGACGAGAUAUUAUGGUACGUAUUAUGUGCGAAUUAUUAUUGUGACAUCGUAAUAUGUCGUACGAAUAGUCCACCAACUCUCUCGGAGCCGUAUGCAAAUUUUCGCGUUAUUCCCCCCCGCCCCCCUUCGGCAUCUUCCAUAUACUAUAUGAACAUUCUGAUACUAAAACAGCCAGUGUUGUAUAUCCUCGGCUAUAAUUCUACUUCUACCUCUGUAAGCUGUGCAUUGGCAUUAGUCCCAUUUUAGUUCCCUAGAAAGAAUAUUAGACUUUUCUCUGUAGGUUAUACUUAUUGUUAAUUAAUAUUCAAAAAUAGCAAAGUAACAUCUGAUAUAAAAAAAAAAAUAUUUUUAGAGAAAAAAGAAAUUGCCUGAUGUGAGAGUGGAAGAUGCGCUGCAUAAUAAUAGAUAACAAUGCUUUUUUAUGAAUGUCUCAUACGAGAAAUGAUUGGAUUAUUUGCUCGAAUAUCUCGUAAAGUGGCGAUAAUAUAGAAAAGUGACGAUAUAUUAUUAUCUCACUGUCUUACCUCAUGUGAGAAGAUUACUCUUACCUCAUGUGACAUGAAUGUCGUGUGUUAGUAUUCAAUGCAACGCGCACAUUCGUGUAAUGCCAAGCUUUGGCUGUGUUAAACAUACGAGAAAAUCACAAAAAAAAAAAAUGCGAGUCCACUUUAUGAUAUAUCUGUGUGACGAAAAAGAAAAUCGCGCGAUCGUAUUUUUUUAAUUACAUGAUAAAGAAGCACGUAAACACAUACAUACACAAAACAUACACACAUACUUCCAUAACAGGAUCCGGAAGGGAUCGCGUGCGACUUUCUUUAAACAAUCUCUCGUAAAUGUAAUUAGGGCAAAACUUUCUACAUACAUUAGAGACGAUAAUAUACCUGUAUGUAUUACGUCUAUUACAUGCAAUGUUUAAUGAGAAUCAACUUUUCUUAUAUAAAUUGCGUCGACGGUCACCUGAGAUCACAGCGAGAAUUAUUCUUCGAUUCCAUAAGGACGAUGUAUGUCUUUCGCGCAUCAUUUCGAAACGCGCAUUCGCGAGACUAUUUUUACAUACGCGCAGAUAUCAUUCCAAAACGCAGAUACCGCCGAAACGGAUUUAUAAAACAGAUUCUCACGGCUGAUUAUACGGUCAACGACGCAAGUCCGUUUGAAAAACGGGCAUUAAACUAAUGCUUCUUCUGUCUCGUUGCGGACAUAUAUGAGAAAAAAAAAAGACGCAACAAAAGAAGAAAUUGGAAAUAUAUACCAAAAUAAAUAAUUAAACAAAUAAAAAUCAAAAAUAACAUACAUCUGUCCGAGAAGACACUAAAAGAAUGUUCUUCACACUCAUUUUGCAUAUCAUAAAUUUGCUCAUACAACACUAAUCAACAAUUUGUUAUUAGCCUUUAAGCACAGAAGUGAAAAUUAAUUUAAGAAACGUGACGCUUUUUCAUUUAAUUAAGUUUUCAAAUCGUGUUGAUCAACGAUGAUGCGUUUCCUUUAUAUGCAUCAAUUUUUCUUUCUUGUAUAUUAUAAAUUUUGUAUAUCUUAUACACAGAUUUGUGUUAUGUGACGACCUCUUGUUAAAUGUAUUUCUUUUUGUAUAAAAGAUAUACUUUCUCUCUCUGUAAAUUUCUUAUACAUAUUUAUGCUAAAUUUAUGCAUAAAAUAAUUCAGAAAUAAUUUAGCUAGCAAGUUUAUUUGUGUUUGCAUUUUUUCUUGCUUGUUUUUAUAUCAAACAUCGAUGUUCAAUGGAUGCUGAAAAGCGAGAAGUAUGAAUUACGUAUAUUAUAUUAAAAGCGCAAUGUACAGAGCGCAGGCAAGAAAGGAAACGCAUAAAUCGCAACGUUCAUCGAUAAUUCUUUUGUAUGAAAGUUUAUAAGAGCUUUCUUUUAAUAGUAACGCAGUGCCAAACUAUGUAAUUCGCGAAAAAGAAAAGCAUGAAAAAGUUGAGGAAAUGCGCAAACCGAUUAUGAAAUUAAGUUAACGUCAUAUUUUUGCGAUUAAAGAUAGCAAAAAUGACGCUAAAAUCAAUCAAUUAUUAAAUAUCAGUCCAUCAACAUCGAAGUUGGCUAACGUGCUAUUAUACAACAUAACAUUAUUAUACAACAUAAUGUUAUGCAUAACGAUAAAAAUUACAGUUUUAUAACAAAUGCGCUUUCAUGGUGAUGUAACAUUUGCGAAUAAAAACAAGACAGAAUGUUACGAAGUUCCUAUUUUGACGUUACAAUUGUAAAAUAUCUUGCUGGCUUAACGAUGGCUUGACUGACAAUGGAUUUCUCUGCAAGUGCUUUAUAAAAGCUUCUUCCUGAGUUAUCGGCGCUAAACUUGCGGAUUUAUUAUAGAACGCUAUAUAUUUUGCUUCGUAUCAUAAGUUUCAUCGUUCAUCGAGAUUCUUAAAUAACAAUUAAAAUCGCAAAUUCACUGUAACAGUAGAAUCGCAAACGUUUCAUCGAUCGGCAUUCGAUUACGAAUAAUUUGUGAGUGCCGCGUAUGUGUCCGUGUGCGUGCAUAUCUACGUAUGAGUAUCUGUAUUAGAUCUGACCGCCAAUUUACGUGAGUUUAAGUAUUUAUGAAGAGAUAAACUUUUAAUGAUUAAACAUGUCAAAAUAAUUA